AUGAAAGCUGGCAUUGGCCAACCCCUCUCCCUCCUGCUCAAGGCGUGCCCGCUCGUCGACCACCUCAGCCUCUACGAUGUCGUCAACACCCCGGGUGUCACCGCCGACCUCUCUCACAUCUCUUCCGUCGCGAAGAUCGACGGCUUUCUCCCAGCGGACGACGGCAUGAAGAAGGCGUUCACCGGGGCGGACAUCGUCGUCAUUCCUGCCGGUAUCCCACGCAAGCCAGGCAUGACCCGCGACGACCUUUUCAAGAUCAACGCUGGCAUCGUCCAGGGCUUGAUCGAGGGUGUCGCCAACUACUGCCCCGACGCCUAUGUCCUCGUCAUCUCCAACCCCGUCAACAGCACCGUCCCGAUCGCGGCUGAGGUCCUCACCAAGGCCGGCAAAUUCAACCCAAAGAAGCUGUUCGGUGUCACCACGCUCGAUGUCGUGCGUGCCGAGACGUUCGUGCAGGCUAUCACCGGCACCAAGGACCCCGCGCAGACCGUCAUCCCAGUCAUUGGUGGUCACUCCGGCGAGACGAUCGUGCCGCUGUUCUCCCAGGCGAAGCCCUCCGUGGACAUCCCGAAGGAGAAGCUUGAUGAUCUGACGAAGCGCGUCCAGUUCGGUGGUGACGAGGUCGUCAAGGCCAAGGACGGCGCUGGUUCUGCCACGCUCAGCAUGGCUUACGCUGGCUACCGUUUCGCCGAGCGCGUCAUGCAGGCGGCCAAGGGCAAGUCUGGUGUCGUCGAGUCCACCUUCGUCUACCUUCCAGGCGUUGAUGGAGGUGACGCGAUCGCCAAAGAGACUGGCUGCCAGUACUUCUCCGUCCCCGUCGAGCUUGGCCCACAGGGUGCUGUCAAGGCGCACAACAUCGUCGGAUCCGCCAACGAGUACGAGAAGGGGCUGCUGCAGGCAUGCUACGACGGGCUCAAGGGCAACAUUGAGAAGGGUAUUGACUUCGUCAAGAACCCACCUCAGAAGUCUGAGAAGUAA